UUAUGUCAAGCAAUCGUGUAGUGUAGCAGAGUAGCAGUGCAAUAUGUUUCCAAACUCGCGGUGACGAUAUUAUUUAUUUGUUUUAUAAAUUCUUGUAAGAUAAUAGUUUAUUAGGGUAUGUUAAAAUCAAAAUGUCAGAAGAAGAAACAGUGGAUAUUGCGAAAGAACUUGACGAUUUACUGACGAAAGUACAGCCAGACUUGCAGGAUGUUAUCAAAAGAAGUUUUACCAACGUAGCGCUUCAACUGGCAAAAAAUGGAGAACAACUUGUUCGGGACACGCUGGAAGACACUUCUUACUUUGCAAAGAACACCCAAGUCAAUUUAACAGCUCUAGAGCUGGUGAAAUCUCCAACGUUCCACAUGCAAGGUGUAUCAUUGGACCUCAAGUCUAUGCUUCUCAGUCUGCGCUGCUCCCUCGGCGAGGUCAAUGUCAAGGGCCAGUACAGUGCCUUUAAUGAGAACCUUUACAACCUCAUUCCUGUGUUGUCUGAGGGACAUGUUGUCAUAUCGUUAUCGAACGUGACGGCGGACGUGAACGUGGGGCUGAUCGUGGACGACGACGCUUUCUCCUUCAUCAACCCCGGCAUCGAGUUCUCGCACGAUGAAGUCCUUGUCAAGCUGUCUUGGCCUUCGCCGCAGCGGAAUGGCGGCUACGAGUUCGUCACCACCGAGCAACUGGCCAAACAUAUCGAUGACCUACCGCUGUCGGCGGCGGUGUCGCUACCGCUGUUCGCGCUAUUACGACAAAAACUGCAGCGACACUUAGCACGAGUGCUGCGGCAGAGCACCAGCGUGUCUGAAGUCAUGUGCUGUGACCCCAGCCUGCAUGAGGCCUACAGCGAGAUGGUGAGCAAUCUGGCUGCGAAAGGCAACAAGGUGAUAGAUAUGGUGCUGAUCAACAUGCGGCGUACUUUACUGCAGACGCGGACGGAAGUGCUGGAGUUACCGCCCUUACACGCCACCUUUAUGCACAAGAUCGGGUCAAUAUCGUUCAUCGGCAAAUUCGAGACGGACGCGGGCUGGGUGAAGAACCUGGCCACGGUGAACCGCGUGAACGACGUCAGCGUGUCGCGGCCCGAUCCCAUGAAGACCUGUUUCAGCGUCACGUUGCGGAUCAAGGACUUACAGAUCGGCUACGACGAAUACCGGAUAAAGGCACUAGGCGCGUCUUGUUCAGGACGAAUGGCGGCGGCUUUCGGCGACAACACACUGCGAUUAGAACUAAGCGUGGGGCUCGCGCGGUGGGAGCCCUACGCGCAGCUGCACGACCUGCGCGUGCUGCACAUGGACGGCAUGGACCUGCACGCGACGGGGCUGGGCCCGCUGUCGGGCACGGCGCCGCUCGGGGCCUGGGCGCGCGGCGCGGCGGCGGCGCACGCGGCGCCCGCGCUGGCGGCGCAGCUGCAGCACGAGCUGCAUACCGCGCUCACCGAGCUGCCGCUGUGGGACCUGCUGCACGACCAUUAGAGCCAUACUUACUCCCGAGGGGUGCGACGCGGUCGAAACAUGUGCUCGAGCGACAUUGCGAUCGCCAUUGCGUAUGGCACCGCGAGCACGCCGCAGUCACCCACCAAACCGCAGCAAUGGAAGUUUUUUAAUGGUUAAAUUAUUAAUAGUACUUCGGCGCGCCGCCCCGAUUGUAACUGCGAGUGUGUAUAAUAUAAACCGUUAUUAUGUAUACAAUCCCUCUUGUCUGUUUUCAAAACAACUAGAGACAGAGACUGCUAACUUUUAAAAGUACAUCCAAAUCAAACUUAUACGACGCUCGCGCACUACAUGAAUUACAUCCUAGUAUAAUGCACGCGAGCAUUUAGCGUUUUCACCAGACCUGAAACGCACCUUAAAGGGGCCCACUGAUUAACAGUCCGCCGGACGGUAUCGGCCUGUCAGUUAGAACAACAUUUUGACAGUUCCGAACAACUGCCCCUUAAGACAUUAAAUAGUUUCGCUGUUACAAAUGUUUAAGAAUCGAUUGGAUAAAGAAAUCAGUUCGGUACCAUCGCCCACAAUGUUAACUGUACAUCGGUGGACCUUCUGCCUUUUUUAAUAAUGUUCACCGAUGUACAAUUAGGAGUGUUGCUGUUUGUACAUUACACAAUUUUAAUACCGAACACACACGAAUUUCUUGAAAAGACUUGUAACAUUUGUUUUUUCUGUAUGUUUCUGUAAUAGUACCAUUGUACAAGUUGUGUUAUGAUUAUGACUGUUAUGAGUGUGUUCUAUACGUAUAUAGUCUACGUUUUAUUUACAACUGCCGUUCUGUUAUAUGUUAGGUAUAUUUAACAGUCCGAACCCUUAUUUUAGUUAAUUAUUACUACUUAUACAUAUAUUUUGUGACCUUAUAUUCUGGACUUCUAUUUACCACAUUUUUUUACCUACUUACCUAUUUUCUAUAUUUUUUAAUAUGAAUUCUUGUUUGUUUUGUUUUGAAUUAUUUAUAUAUUUUAUUAGUAACGUAAGUGGCAAAUUGAUUUUUGAUUUAACUAUUUACUUUACGACUAAACUGAGUUGACUGCUAUCUUUGUCACUUUACACAUAAAUCAAGUAAAAACAGCACAUGUUAUUAGGAUUUUUACACUUUUUUACAUGACUGUUUCGUUGCUGCUAAGUUAAAUUUUUACUUUAGUGAAUAUAACAAACACCUAUUUAAAUAUUAAAGUUUAUUUUGCAAUGUAUUUUAUUGAUAGUAGGAAACCAAUUGAUUUUAUGAGAAGAUAUUAUGUACAUAUUACAAGUUCAUUUCUAAAUCGCGAUCCAACAAUGCUGCUUUUUUACACGCCUAUGUGCAAAAUAUUUUUUUACUGUUGUGAACUCGGCAAUAAUUAAAAAGCGACUGAAUAAUUUGUAUUACAUGAAAGUUAUACAUAUAAAGGGGUCAAUGAGCCCGCGGGAUAAUUUCAUGUGGGCCCAUUGCCCACGAAGGGAAUAUAAUUCGGUACACGACGGUAAGGAGUUGAUAACUCGAGAUAUAGAAUUGAAGAAAAUUGAACUUAAAAUCGAAUUGCUUGAGGUCCAUAUUUCUUCUAUUUUUUCCCGCCAGUUAUCAACUUCUUCCUGCCGUGUACAUUUGGUAUUUAGCAUAGGUUGUGAGUGCCUUGUAACUAUUCGAAGACUGUUGUAUUUACGCGACUGCUCCAGAAAGUAGCGUUUUUAAUUAUGUUGUAUACAUUGUUGAAUAAUAAAUAAGUACAUCACAA